GAAAAAGUAGGAGAAGACUUAUCCUUCGUCUGUUUCUCGGCGGUUCGAUCCCCGGAGUCAGCCACGCUCCGGCGAUCCUACUCCUUUGCAACGCAGGAUGGUCUCUGCUAACCAAGAAAUGGUGGUCUACUGCUUUGAUACUCUCGUCACCCACUACAAUGGUGAGCAGGCUCCUCUCCCGACCUUCGAGGAUGGGCAGCACCCGUUGUUUGUGACAUGGAAGAAAGCAAUUAAUGGCAGUGAACCGCGUUUGCGAGGGUGCAUUGGAACCUUAGAAGCUCGUGGCUUGAUCAAUGGUUUAAAGGAUUAUGCAUUAACUAGUGCUUUGAGAGACCGACGCUUCCCUCCGGUCCAACCCAAAGAAUUGCCAUAUUUGGAAUGCACGGUGUCUAUUCUUACUGAAUAUGAGACCGCUUUGAACUACCUUGAUUGGGAGAUUGGAAAGCAUGGGUUGAUUAUUGAAUUUACUGACCCUGAUUAUAAUACAAGGCGUAGUGCAACUUACCUACCGGAGGUGGCUGCCCAUGAAGGUUGGACCAAGAUUGAAGCCAUAGACUCUCUAAUGAGGAAAGCAGGCUAUAACAGUGUAAUCUCGGAAUCCCUUCGCAAGAGACUUCGCAUCACCAAAUACCAAAGCACUUUAUACACCAUGCAUUACAGCGAAUAUAUUGCUUAUGUCAAAACUAGCCGAGCUCAAUUCCCUACAAUGAACGGGGUAAAGUCUAUCCAUUGAUUUGUGGUUUUGCAGGAUUCACCACCAAUUUAGAUUAAAUUUAAUGCAGCUGGGUAAAAAAUGUAAUUUGAUUUUUGUCCCAUCUGCUAUUCAACUGCCUUCAUUCUUAUUGGUGUUUGAUAGACUUUUUAUUUAAAUGAUACCCAGCAACAUUGUUGUUAACUAUU